AUGGCUGAAAUUUUUUCCGGCGAAAACGGCGAUCAUGUUGUGAGAAUACAAGAUGAUAAUAUGAAUAACAAUGGUGGUGAUUCUUGUUGCUUCCUCACUCUACCCUUUAUACAAAAGUUAAUAGCUGAGGCUAUUGGGACAUUUUUCUUGAUAUUCGCCGGAUGUGCAGCCGGCGUGGUGGACGCCGACAAAGAGAAGGCGAUUACUCACGCCGGCGUUGCCGUCGUGUGGGGCCUCGUCUUAAUGGUCAUGAUUUACUCCGUCGGACAUAUUUCCGGCGCACACUUUAACCCCUCAGUCACUAUCGCCUUCGCCACGUGUGGCAGAUUCCCAUGGAAACAGGUACCCGCGUAUGUCGUAGCUCAAGUGGUGGGAUCAACCCUAGCGAGCGGGACCCUACGACUACUGUUCGGUGGGCCCCACAACCACUUUGCGGGAACACUUCCGACCGGCACUGACUUGCAGUCGCUCGUGGUCGAAUUUAUCAUCACGUUCUACCUCAUGUUCGUGAUCUCCGGUGUUGCCACCGACAACAGAGCUAUUGGAGAACUUGCUGGUCUAGCAGUUGGAGCUACCGUUUUGCUUAAUGUUAUGUUUGCUGGGCCCAUUUCAGGGGCAUCAAUGAAUCCAGCAAGGAGUUUAGGCCCAGCAAUAGUGUGGAGACAGUACAGGGGUAUAUGGAUCUACAUGUUGGGCCCAACAGCGGGGGCAAUUUCUGGGGCCUGGGUUUACAAUAUCAUCAGAUUCACUGAUAAGCCCUUACGUGAGAUCACAAAAAGUGGGUCUUUUCUCAAAAGCGCCUCUCGAAAUACCUCAAAGUGA